AAACCACCACCACCACCUACAAAAUGUCCACUCCGCGCUUCUCCCCCGCCUCCACAACCGUCGUCUUCAUCCUCGGCGGCCCCGGCAGCGGCAAAGGCACCCAAUCCGCCAACCUCGUACGAGACUACGGCUUCACGCACCUCAGUGCCGGCGACCUCCUGCGCGCCGAACAGAUCCGCACCGGCAGCCAAUACGGCGACCUAAUCAAGACCUACAUCCGGGAAGGCAAGAUCGUGCCCAUGGAAAUCACCGUGGCGUUGUUAUCCAACGCCAUGGCCGAUGCUCUGGCCGCCAACUCCAACCCCACUCCCGGCGUCAAGCCCCGGUUUCUGAUCGAUGGGUUCCCGCGCAAACUCGACCAGGCCGUCUUCUUUGAGGAUACCGUGUGUCCGUCGGAAAUGACCCUGUUUUUGGAUUGUCCUGAGGAGGUCAUGGAGGCCAGGUUGUUGAAGCGCGGGGAGACGUCGGGUCGGGAUGAUGAUAAUGCCGAGAGUAUUCGGAAGAGGUUCCGCACCUUUGUCGAGACCAGUAUGCCCGUCGUCAAGGCGUUUGAGGAGCAGAAUAAGGUGGUUUCGGUUACGGCGACGGGGUCCGUGGAGGAGGUGUAUGAGCGCAUUCGCGAGGGUUUCCAGGCCAAGGGCAUCAAUCCGUUGUAAGUUGGGUAUGAUGGAUGGAGGACUUGUUGGGGUGUACGUAUGUAGGAGUGAUUAUAGAGGAUUGGAUAGAUGAUUGGGUACAUAGCUUGGAGGGAUCAUGAUCUGGGUAGUGAAUCUAUCGGAUUCGGGUGUAUCUGACCAAGACCACCCACAGCAGAAGGGUGGCACGGUGGCUCGAAUAGUAUAUCAUUUAGCACACAAAGCAAACAAUAUAUAAACUCAUUCAUAGUUACG